GUUUUUUAAUAAAUUAAUGGUUAGUUAGAUAAAUUAAAUUUAUAAGUGUAGUGUUUUUAAAUUGUCAGUGCGUGAGUGUUGAAUAUAGAGAAAUGCAUAGCAUUGGCUGGGCACUCAUAAUGAAGCGCGGCUGCUUUUGCAGUAGAGAAACGCUUCAUAUAAAUGGAAGCAAAUAUACCAUUAACGAGAGGCUGGCACAAGGGGGUUUCAGUUUGAUUGACUUGGCACAGAAUGCGGAUACGCGUCGAUCGUAUGCAAUAAAACGAAUCACCUGCCACAGCAUUGAUGAUCAGAAUAUAGCGUUGCGAGAAAUCGAAAAUUGUCGUAAAAUCGAAUCGGAGCAUGUCAUCAAAGUCUUUGAUUACGAGCUGAAAGGUCAAGCCGACAUUGUGAUCAAUACAACGAGCACGUUGUACAUAGUUCUGCCGUAUUAUAAGCAUGGGUCCUUGGCAGAUCAUCUGCAGAUGCGAGCUCGCAAGCUCGACCACAUGCCUGAAGCACAGAUCCUGCAGAUUUUCUUGGGCAUCUGUGAGGGAGUGAAGGCAAUACACGAGGCGAAACCCGUGCCGUUGGCACACCGAGAUUUAAAAACUGCCAAUAUUUGUUUGUCCAAUUCCUUUGAGCCAAUUAUUGUCGAUCUCGGGUCAAUGACGGAGGCGCGAUUACAAAUCUGUGGUCAAUCGGAUGCCCAACGACUGCAGGACGAGGCGGAAGAGCGCAGUUCGAUUGUGUAUCGGGCACCAGAGCUGUUUACAGUGAAAACCUAUUGCACGAUUGACGAACGCACGGACAUUUGGAGUCUUGGUUGUGUGCUAUAUGCAAUGUGCUACUUCAACUGUCCGUUCGAUCCGAUAUAUGAGCGCGGUGAUAGUGUUGCCUUGGCCGUAUUGAGCGGUAAUAUAAACAUUCCAGAGGACUCCAUAUACACGCAGGACAUGCACGACCUCAUCAAAUAUAUGCUACGUAUCGAUCCAAUGGAGCGGCCUUUCAUCUACAGUGUAAUCGAGCAAACGCACGAUUUGAUACAGAAACUUGAGGGCCGUGUCUAGCAUAUAAAGAAGUCCACCAACGAUCCCAGUACACCGGUUUGCAAAUAUUUUGACUACGUAUUAUUGUGAAAUAUAUAUAAAUGUGAAUUUAAU